AUGAAUAAAAGUGGGGGGUUACAAGUAUAUCAUCUAGAUGGACAAUCACCCAUUCAUAAUGUUAAGUGUACCAUUGUACCAUGUACGGGAACAGACUAUGUUUUUUUAUAUGGAGGAUUUGAUGAAAUGGACAAUUUGGAUAGCAACGUUUAUCUUCUUAAUCUAGUGACGAAAAGGUGGGAAGUUGAUGACAAGCAUGUUCAAUUAUAUAGAGAAGGACACCUGGCCGUCUAUAUUGGAAAUGGGAAUAUUUUAGUCAUCGGUGGUGUUCCUUAUGAUGAGUUUCCAGAAGCGCUCACAUCGGAUGACUCCUAUCAAACAUCCAAUGGUGCAAAGAUUAGAAAAGACAGCUUUAUGUUGAUCUAUAAUAUCUUUGAUCGUAAUUGGUCUGAGCCUUCACAGACUUCCAAGAUAGGUGCACCUUCAGGAAGAUCGAGACAUGCAUGUUGUCUAUCACCUGAUGGCACAAAGGUUUAUAUCUUCGGGGGUUUGGUGAAUUCAUGUCCUCUUAAUGAUCUUUAUUGUUAUGAUUUGAAGUCUGCAAGCUGGUUCCAACCCAUCGAGUUUGUUGCUCGUUUUGAUCACUUCAUCGCUAUUCAUGAUACUAAAUUAUUCUCAUUCGGUGGGUUGGAUAAAGACAUGAAUCACGUUAAAGAUAAAGUAGUAUUUUACAAUUUCGAAGACGGGAGCAUUGGUGAAGUCAGUAUAUCUCGAAGAAGUGAAAAUCUUUCAAGUCAAAGCUCAUCUCCAAAAGAUAGGGAAGCUAGUGAAAAUACUUUUGAUAUUUCACCAACCGAUUAUGAAUUAACAUAUUUAAACUCAGAACCGAAUUCGUCUAUAAAGCUCGAGGUGAGAUUACCUCUGUGGAUGACCAGAUCUAAGGACAUCGAGAUUUCAAGCUAUGAUGUUGAUAGAUUUCAGACUACUAAUUUGUUUAGUCUGAGAGAUCUUAAUUUUUAUUUCAAGAAGAAUUAUAAUCUUGAAAUUAGUAACUAUAUCUGGAAAGAAUCGUUUGUCACAGAGUCUCGUAGUUUGUUUUUGCUAGGACAUAGCUUAAAAGACCAAUCAAACACAUCUGAUUGGGAUGAAACGAGUGAUGGUGGUAGGUCCCACGAGAUGGAUGAUGAUUCCGGAAAUACACAUCUCUCUUCUUUAUUCGAGCUAAAUUUGGCAGAAAUCGGCGUACCAAUGAAAGGAUCAGCAUCAGUGCCAGAAUUUUGUGAUGUAUCAUCAUCAUUCGUUAACGACUUCAAACAUAUGCUCUUAAGAGGCGACUAUUCUGAUUUCGAAAUUGCUACUUUCGUUGAUGAGCAACUAAAAGAAGAAUGGGAUGGAAGAGCAAGUGGCAUAAGCUAUAAUGAUGAAACUACAGUACGUAAAAUAAAAGUCCAUAAAUCGAUCUUGCUAUCUCGUUGGCCGCAUUUCAGGAGAGCAAUAGAGAGUGGAAUGAAUGAAACACUUAGUAGUGUAAUGAUGAUACCUGAACCCUUCUUAUGGGUUAUGGGUCUUGUCUAUUAUCUAUAUACUGGAUCAAUAUAUUUCGAGGAGUUUGCCGGUCAAGAAGUCUCGGUUGUCGAUUAUUCUGGCCUUUUGAUUCUUUCUAAUUUAUACGAUCUUCCAGAUUUGCGACAGAGAGUACUCGUUCAGCUACUCAAAUUUUUGAACAAUCACGUUACCACUGCUCAAGAUGAGAUGUCGACAGCUACGCUAUUACAGCUUUGGAAGCGUUUAGUAGUAUCUAAUGAAUCUAUAUUGAUUGCGAAAGUGUUGGGAUUAAUAAAAUUAAGAUGGUCAGAGGUUAUAAGGUCAAAGAUAUUCAUGGAGCUUUCAAAAGAUUUAAUAAUCAAGCUAUGUCAGGACUGCUCUGAUGAUUUUAAUACACCAAAAUUUGGAUUUCCCAAUACACCUACUUCCUCUACCAGUUCGAUCGAAGGUUCAAACUUUAUGAGCUUUUCUCCCUCUAAAAGAACUCACAGCAUUUCUCCUAUUCUGAAUGGAUUGAGAGACCCUAUAAAUUUAGAAUCAGAGAUUCUGGAAGGUUUUCCCACUUUGCAGUAUUUUCCAAGUGAUAAUAAGAUGGAUUAG